AAAAGCCAUAUGGAUGAAUUAUUAAGUGCAGUAUUGUAAAGAAAAUCAAAGAUAAGUGAAGUUUUAGAAACAAUUAUAAAACUUAAAGUUAAAAGUAUGUAUUUGAAUAAAAUAAAAUAGAUGCUAUAAGUCAAGCUGAAAGAUCAACAAUUUAUGCAAUUAUCCGAAAACUUAAAGAAGAGGAGAAAAAUAGAACAGAAAAAGAGAAUUGGAUAGUUAGUAUAAUGAGAAAUACGAAAUAAUACAACGAAGAACAAAUGAAGUAUGAAUUUAUAUCUAAAAUUAGUCAUAUAUUUGUUAAAACAAUUGAUAUCAUGAAAUUAAUAAAUGAAUCUUUUAUAGAAUUAAUCUAUUAACCACCUAUUAGUCUCACUCAAUUUUUAGAAUAAUACUACAAUUUACAUUAAGGAUUCUUUUAAUAAAUGAAUUAAGAAUAUCAAUUAAAAAUAUAAUAUAAGCAAGCCAUUAAAUAAGGGAAUGUAAAUGAAUAUUUAUUAUCUAAUAAUAGAUAAAUUUGAUAACCGAUUUAAUCAAAGCAUUGUUAGCAUCUUCACGAAAAAUAUUAAAAGAUAAUAUAGAUGAUUUAGCAUAUUAAGUAAAUAAAGAUUUAUCUCCUGAAAAACAGAAGAUUAUGAAGAAAUUAGUGCCUGAUCCAUUAGUUGAACAUCUAAGAACAAGAUCAUCAACAUAAAAUGGAAAAAAAGAUGGAACUGUUAUCAGUAUGACAAAUAGUGUAAUUUAAAAUGAAGAGCCAAUUAGAUAUAAUGAUAAAAAGGAAUAUUAAUAAAUUAAAGAAAAAUUAAAAUUACAAUAAAGAAGAUUUAUUUUAUAACCGAAAAUUCCAAAUUAAGAGAUUAUUUUAUUAGAAUAACCAAUCUAUUAAUUAAAAUUGAAAUAUUAAUAAUAUAAUAAUAAUAUGGCUGAAAAAAACUAAUUUGCUUCCUUGUUUAAUAAUGUUAAUCUUGAUGAUUUGGAUGAUUAAAAUAUUUGUGUUCUAGAUUAUUAAACAAUCAAAAGAUAAUAAUAAAAUUUUGAUGAAUUUAAACUUAAUUUCGAUAGUCUUUAUGAUAAGAUUAAAAUGAGAAAUUCAUAUAUAUAAUAAUCAGUAAUGGAUUAUAAUUAAUAUAUAUCUAAAAAGUAUACUUUUUAUCAUAUUAAUAAGAUGUAUUAAUUAAUCCAUGAUGUUGAGUAGUCAGUAUAAUAAUAACUUAGAAAAUGAAUUUUUUAAUGUAAUUAAAGAUAAGUAUGAAGAACUAACAAGUUUGAAUGCAGAAUUUUAAUAAAAUAUAUAUCCUUAUCAUUUUUGUAGGAUUUAUUUUAAACCACAUAUAAAUCCAAUUUGUGCAUGCUAUAAUAUUAAUAAUAGUAAGUAUGAAUUAAAUUAAAAUCCUAUUAAGAAUAAAAUUGUGAUCAGAAAAUCUGUAUAGAGUAUUAAAAAGUCCACAUAAAUUUAACAAAAUUAAAAUACAUUUACUUCAAAGAAUCUAAUUGAUUAAUUAAAGAAGGAAAGGACAUUCAACUAAUCAAUUAUUUUAGAAGAUUCAAGUUAUUAAGAUAUGUAUAAAUAUAAUAAUAGCAGUGGAAUAAGUCCUUUAAAUAAUUCGAUACUUUAAAUACGUAAAUUAGAUUAGUCAUAAAAUUUAAAUGGAAGUACUCAAUAUAAAUUAUAUACUCAUAAAUUAUCAAGUGAAUUUUAAUCAUUUAAAUAAACUUCUUUGCACCAUAGAGCUUAAUCAGCUAAUGGAGAUUAAUUAGGUAUUCCUCCUCUCAACUUAAGGAAUUGUGCUGAAUGA